UAAAUUCAAUCUGUCCCGCCAUUGAUUCAAGUGCGCAUGAGGAUGUCACACUAAAACGUGCGAAAACUGGAAACUUCUAGUCGAACGGCAGUCAUUGAUAAUUCACAUUUUCUACUAGCCUUUACCUCUCAAACCAGAGAGUAUUAACACUUUUAAACGACAGUAUGUCUGUUAUUGAGGAAGAGCGCGUACGAGGCGGUGUUUUUAAGGACAUUAAUGCUGAAGAUGAAGACGGUCAACCUACAGUAAUCGAGAGUUUGUGCAUGAACUGUUAUGAAAAUGGAAGCACGCGACUUCUGCUUACUAAGAUCCCAUUCUUUAAAGAAAUCAUCAUCAGCUCCUUCACAUGUCCACACUGCAACUGGGCCAACACAGAAACUCAGUCUGCCGGGCGGAUACAAGAGCAGGGUGUCCUGUACACCUUACAAGUGAAGACUAAAGAGGACAUGAACCGAGAGGUUGUGAAGUCUGACAGUGCAUCAACCAGAAUUCCAGAACUUGAUUUUGAAAUUCCUGCCUUUACACAGAAGGGAUCGUUGUCAACAAUUGAGGGUCUGCUGGACAGAGCAGUGGCGGGUUUAGAACAAGACCAACCAACCAGAAAGGCAACAGAUCCAGCUGUAGCUGAAAAAAUAGAGGAAUUCAUCCAGAGGUUGAAAAAGCUAAAAGAUGAUUUUCAAGAGGAAUUCACAUUAAUUAUCGAUGAUCCAUCUGGGAAUAGUUUUAUUGAGAACCCGUUUGCACCUCAGAAAGACAAAUCUCUUUCUGUCACGCAUUACAAAAGGACACCUCAACACAACGCUGCUCUAGGAAUAGAGGUAGAAGAGGAACAAGAUGAUGAAAAGCCUGGCAAUGAUCUAGACACUAUGAGAAAUGAGGUAUUAGUGUUCAACACUAACUGCCCAGAAUGCAACGCCCCAGCCAAUACAAACAUGAAGCUUGUCCAAAUUCCACACUUUAAAGAGGUUAUUAUAAUGGCUACUAAUUGUGACAGCUGUGGACAUCGCACCAACGAGGUGAAAUCAGGAGGAACCACAGAAGAUCAGGGAACCAGAAUAACACUCCACUUAACGGACCCUUCAGAUAUGUCCAGAGACCUGCUGAGGUCAGAGACGUGUAGCGUGUUGAUUCCUGAGCUGGAGUUUGAGAUGGGAAUGGCGGCUCUUGGAGGGAAGUUUACUACCCUGGAAGGACUUCUCAAGGACAUCAAAGAACUGGUUGUUUCGAAAAACCCCUUCAUGUGUGGUGACAGCUUUACGGCGGAUAGAGCAGAGAAAUUGGAGCUUUUUGGGCAAAAGCUUGACAAGAUAAUGGCAGGAGAAAUGGAUGUUCAUAUUAUCCUGGAUGAUCCAACAGGGAAUAGUUAUCUUCAGAACGUUUACGCCCCAGAUCCAGACCCAGAAAUGAAGAUCGAGAGGUACACUCGAACUUUUGAGCAGAAUGAAGACUUGGGGCUGAAUGACAUGAAAACAGAAGGGUAUGCAGAGACAUAGGUUUGGAGUCAAGGGUACAAUGGAGAAGAGCAAUUAUAUGAGCAAUUCUGUCAGAGCCUUUAAAUAACUUUAUUUAAUUCACUUUUAACUUUUAUUGUAAUAAUGUUACAAGCACUUGUGUAAAAAAAAAUACCUAUGGUAGAAAUAUAAUUUGAAGAGAAAAUGAUCAUUUUGGUCUUUGUUUUCCUUGCUACCCUUAAAAUUAUUUUUUGUUUCAGCCAGCUUGUCUAGGAGGCCUUUAUGUUAAUUACGUCCUAACAAAAUUGUUACAAAGUUAGAAGGUACUGAAAACUACGGGCACUAAAUUCGUUAACCACACUAUGGAUGUGACUGUUGUUGAUGCAUUUUGUGCUAACUCCGCAAGGCUGUGUGUGUAUUCGUAUAUAAUUUAUGGAUUGUUUGUACAAUAAAGUGGUUUCAACAAUGUAAUAACAAAUAAUGGUGCUGAUCUAGUUAUUUCACCUUACUUUUCCAGGGAGAAAUGUAAUUUACAAUGGCUUCUCCAUCCCAUUAACACACAAGACAGUGUUGUAUCUGAGAAUAGAGCUGUUCAACACAUUUGUAAAAUUGGCUAACUUUACACAGAAAAGGUCAGUAAGUGAUUUGAUCACAAUAAAAUCAUGUUUACACGCAUAUUGUUUAUUUGUUGUGGCUAUACUUUUGAAACAGUGAGUAUUUUAACGUUUACCGAUUGGCCCCAUUGACUUCCAUUGUAAGUGCAUCACUGGAACCCAGAUUUGAGCUUUUUUGUUAAGAAAAUGAGGGACAGUUCAAAAAAAAUAAUUUAUGUAAUCAACAUUAUGCCACAAAUGCUGUCGAUUGAGCUUAACUUGUGUUGAACCCGGAAUAUUCCUUUAAUAAGCUUAAUUUAUCACACUACAUUCCUGUUAAAGCGUAUGUUUACGUCUCUUGGCUAAACAGCGCGUAUUUUAUGGUUACUGAUUGGCCCCAUUCACUUUCAUUUUAAUUCCCUUACUGAAACCUCUGGUUCUGACAUUUAGAAAUAAAUGAGGGCCAAGUCCAAAUUUAUUUUGUGCUAAUCAACAGGAAUAGCCCUUUAACACUGUACCACACUUUAAAUACUUGUAAUUAGAGCUUCUAUUAUAUUCAUGCUGCACAAUGUAGCUUCGAGAAAACAAAGAAUCACAAGGUCUUUGUGCUUUCCACUGGCACUUUACAUUUAUUGAAACAACAUAACCACUGAACAGCAGAUAAGACAUGACUCGCAUGUAAUUCAAAGCACAAAUAAAAUGUAAUAAGCAUUGGUCCAUAUACAAUGGAAUACUUUGUGAUCUUCAUUCCCCCCACAAAUGGAGGUUUGCUAGAUUUACUAAAGAUAGUCCGCCGUGAUGGCAGGUUAAGUGUCCCAUGGCCAUUUUUAGCCAGUGGUGGUGUAGUUCUCUGUCAGGGAGUGCGUCAGUGUGCGUCGGCCUUAUUCACAGGGAACUGUCCAAAAUGAACAAUUAUCAACACCAUAAAAAAAAUAAAAAAUUAAA